CUGCGUUGAAAGAAGUCUGAAGGGUUAAAAGCUGGCUCCGGUGUUUCGCUGUGGUUUUCGAUUCCAGAUAGUUGCCAUGGCGGCGGCGAUUGCGGGAGCACGCAGGGCCUUUGCUAGCAGAUGCGUCGCUUCUCAUUCGCUCCCUCUCUCCGCCUCUUCCAGGCCUUUUCCUUCUCCUUCUCCAGCUACUGCCUUUGCUGGGCUCUCUCGCCGAAAGCUUCGUUUCGGAAUCUCGAGGUUGCCUAUUGAAUUGGGUUGUGCGCAGUCUUUGAUGCCCUUCCACAGCGCUACUGCCACUGCAUUGCUCACUUCAAUGCUCUCCGCCCGAUCUGGAAGUUGGACAUGGCUUUCCGAAGAAUUUGCCAGGACUCUAUGAUAUAUAGAGACAAACCAGAAACGGGCACUCAAUGAAAGUUCAAAUGAAUCAUGUAUCUGCUCACUAUAAUGACAUGUCGCCACUUAGUUUUGGCUCUUUAAAGUGGUCUUUUCUGGAUUCCUUCAUUCGUAUCAGAAAUAUCUGAACAGGUCUUGUAAAACCUGUAUUGCAAAUGUUGUUUGCUUGUUUCCCCUCCAGCAGAAUCUCCAACAUGAGUUGAACUAUUUUGAUUGUCAUUAUCCAUCCGGUGUGUUUCUGCA